AUGCUCAGCUGUACACAGGGGCCCCCGGCUGCUACAAAGCCCAGGGGGGCCCCCAAACCCGAGGGGCCCCAGGGGCCCCAAGGGCCCCUGGGGGCCCUUGGGGUUUGGGGGGCCCCCCAGGACCUGACUUGGGAGGCCUGGGGGGCCCCCUGCAACCUCUUGCGGUGUCUGCGCUGCUGCAGCAGCUGCACUGCUUUAGGUAUAUCUCGGCUCCUUAGGAGAGGCAAUCUUCUUUGUGCUCUUCAGCUGCUGCAGUUGGGGGGCCCCCCAGGGGCCCCUGCUGAACUGCUGCAGCUGCAACCACCGAAAGAAGUUUGCCGGCUAGCAGCAGCUGCCCUCAGAAACGCAUUCAAAGGAGGGCUCCUUAGCAGCAGCAGCAGCGCGGAUGAACCCUGUAGCAGCAGCAUCAGCAGCAGCAAGAUAGAAGAUCCCGCAGCUUCUAGACCCGCUGCUGCUGGUGCUGCUGCUGCUGCAGCAGGUGCUGCUGCUGCUCCUUCAUGCUUCUGUCGUUUCUUACCUCUGUGCGCUGAUUGCUUGGGGCCCCUAGGGGGCCCCUCUGAGGGUCUUGAGGGGGCCCCCCAGGGCUGCAAGAACUGCGAGGGGGGGCCCCUCCCUCCUGCUGCAGAGGCUGCGCGACUGUCUCAGUUUGCUUUGCUGCCUGUGGGGGCCCCCUGGGUCUCAUCGUUUUGCUUAUCGAGCGAUUUGGGGGCCCCUGGGGGCCCCCUGGGGGCCCCCUUAGGUGUGCGGUUGUUGAGGUGCCUGUACACCUGGGGCUUGCAAGAUUCCUUUCUUUUGGGUCUCCCUCCUUUCUCUUGUCGCGGAGACAAAAGAGAUAAGGCCCCUACCAGAGUACCCUUAAAGAUUACAAAUGAACUGCAGCAGCAGCAGCAGCAGCAGCAGCAGCAGCGGGAGCAGCAGCGGCAGAGGGAGCAGCAGCAGCAGCAGCGGCAACAGGGUUUGCGCUGCAGCAGCUGCAGCAGCUGUGGGGGCCCUAACUGUUUGCCUUCGAGCUGUUUAUGCGUCACAGGAGUUUGCUGCGGCCCUGCUGCUUCAGCAGCAGCAACAAGAGGGACCCUCUGGGUGUGGGGCCCCACAGCAGGCGGCAGCAGCGGAGUUAUCGUAGAGCCGCAGCCUCUCUCUCUCCCCUUCCCUUCUUCUCGUACUUCUAAGGGGCCCCCUGCUGCAGCAGGGGCCCCCGAGGCCUCUACUCGCAUCGCUCAGGCAAGCCAGAUAUACCCUAGACCCUCAUCAGGGGCCCCCCUGAGGGGCCCCCUCUCCUUUUUCCUCGUUGCUCUAGGUACACGCCACGGACUCGCUUUAGUAAAGAGGGGGGCCCCCAAGGGCCCCCAGGGGGCCCCUCCAUUAGAAGGUAGUAGGAGUGAAGAAUCUUUUCUCUUUGUGUGGGGCCCGGACCCUCUGUGGGGCGGGACGGCAGCAGCAGGAAGUGCAGCAGCAACAGCAGCAACAGCAGCAACAGCAGCAGCAGCAGCAGCAGGAGGCUCUAGCAAAGGGGCCCCUUCUUCUUAUGGGGGCCCCCAGUUGAUGUGCUACUCCUCCGAGGGGCCCCCAAACAAGGGAGAGGUGUGGGGGCCCUUAAAGACACACUUAGAGACACUCACAAAACCCCCUAGGGGGCCCCCCGGGGGCCCCCCUCGAUUAGGCCUGGGAGCAGCGGGUGCUGCUGCUGAGUUGCCGCUGCCCCUGAAGGGGCCCCUGCGGCUGUCUGUCUCUUCUGUUGCUGCUGGAGAUAGACACGCGCUGCUGCUUCUCAAUGAUGGGACGACGCUGGCGCUGGGCUCGAACGACCGGGGGCAGUGUGGGCUGUCUCCUUCUGUCUCCUUCGUCUCUUCGCCUGAAGUGCUUUGUCUCCCUCCUGUGCUGCAGCUAGCAGCAGGAGGUGCUGCUUCUGCUGCUUUUGCUAGGGCCCCACAGCAGGUCUUUGUGUGGGGUGCAGCCCCCACACCUGCACCAGCCCCUGCCUCAGCUCCGAACCCGCAGCAGCAGCAGCAGCAGCAACACCAGCAACACCAGCAGCAGCAGCAGCAGCAGCGGCGACGACAAGAACACUCCACUCAGCCCUCAACAGGCCACCGAGGCAGCAUAGGCAGCAGACCAAGCAGCAGCAGCAGCAGCAGCAGCAGCAGCAAGAACUGGGAGUUGUUUUUCAAGCCCCUCCCCGUCCGCUUCGCUCGAUCUUCAGGCGUUGCUGGGGGCCCCCCUCUGGGGGCCCCUGGUGAGUGGCAGCAGCAGCCGAUGAACCACGGGGCCCCCUCGCUGCUUUUUAUUUGUGUAGGAGACUUUGCUGGAGCUGCCCUCACAGCAGAAGGACAAUUAUGCGUGUGGCGCUCCGGUGUACGGCCAGCAGAGAUGUGUCUCCUCUCUCACACCGGGGGCCCCCAGGACUGCUCUUUGCAGGGGCCCCACAGGGGGCCCCCUGCAGGGGGCCCCCCGCAGCAGCCUCUACCUAAGUUUGCUAGCAUCUGCUUUGGGGGCCCUUUUAAAUUGCUGGGGCUGACACCAGAAGGUCUUUUAUACUCACUACCCCUAAAAGCAGAGACAGGUUCGGAUCCUGCUGCUGCUGCUGCUGCUGCUUCUCCUGCUGCUGCUGCUGCUGUUGCUGCUGCUGCAGUGGCUGUAGGCACGCCUCAGCUGCUGCCUCUGGGAGGCGUCGCAGCAGCAUCAGCCAGCAGCUGCCACGGGGCUGCUGUUGUCUCCUUCAUCCUCCCCGAAUACCCCCCUUACUUUCCUAUGGUGCAGCAGCAGCAGCAGCAACAACAACAGCAGAAGCAGCAGCAACAGCAACGGCGGCGGCAGCAACUGCAGGAACAGCAACAGGAGCAGCAGCAGCGGCAACGACUGCAGCAGCAACAGGAGCAACAGCAACAGCAGCAACAGCAUGAACAGCAACAGGAGCAGCAGCAGCAGCAACAGCAGCAGCAGCAGCAGCAGCAAGAAGGGUUCCCUUCUCUCGUGUCUCUCUGUUGCGGGAGAUUAGCGUUGAGGUGUACAGGGCUCGCAGAUUUGCUGCAGCUUUCAGGUAUAUGUACGCGGUUGCUGCUGCCGCAGCUAUUUGAUUUCUGCUGCUGCGCUCUGCUGCUGAACCUUCCGCUGCUGUUGCUGCAGCUGCAGCAGCAGCAGCACCACGCCCACCAGCCGCUCCUACUGCAUCGUGCUGCUGCUGCAGGCAUGCAGCUGUUGCUGGCGCAGCUAGCUGAUGCAGGGGCCCUUAGUGGGGGCCCCCUCCGCGUGGGGGCCCCUGAUGAGGGGGCCCCCGAGGGGCCCCCCGAAGAGUUGUCUGAGGGUCUUAGGGGCCCCCCUGAAUACCACUGCAUGCAGGGGGGCCCCCCGUCAUCUUCUUGGGGAGAGCAGCAGAUGGGGGGCCCCCCAAUAGAGGGGCCCCUGCCUGCUGUCUUCUCCCUUAUCUCUCUCACUCCGGGGGCCCUUCUGGGUUACGUUAGGGGGCCCCCUCGUGAUAUCUGGCUGUCUCUUUUUGCUGCUGAGGGGGGCCCCCUCAAUGCUGCAGACUUUCUUACAGAUACUGCUGCUGAGGGGCUCAGCACCGGGGGCCCCUUAAAGGAGCACCAGCAGCAAACGCAGCAGCAGCACACACAGCAGCAGCAAAUGCAGCAGCAGCAAAUGCAGCAACCCAACAAAGACCGCAAACAGCAGAAACGGCAGAAGCACCAGGAGAAGCAGAAGCAACGCCACAUUGAGCAGCAGCAGCAAGAGCAGCAGAAGAAGCAGCAGCAGCAGAAGCAGCAGCAGCUACUGGGGGCCUCUCCUUCUGCAGCAUCUGCGCAUGAGCAGCAGCAGCAGCAGCAACAGCAGCAGGAAACGACUGAUGAAUGGCAGCAUGCACGGGGCCCUCGGGGGCCCCGCCCCUGUGUGGGCCCUUUAUUAGAGGGCAGCAGCUCAGCAGCAAACCCUCCUAUUAGGGGCCCCCGGUUUGCUGCUACGGGGCCCCCUUCAGCCAGCUCGCUGGGGGCCCCCCUGACCCCUCCCCCCCAGGAGGGCCCUCUACGGGGCCCCCAGGGGACCCCGGCAGCAGUGACUAGUGGGGCCUCCCAGUUACUUGCUGCAGCAGCAUCUCCGUUAGGGGGGGCCUCCCAAGGGCCCUCGCCAGCAGCAGCAGCACCAGCAGCAGCAGCAACCAGAGGCGCCCCCUUUCAGAUAUCUUUAGAGACACUUGUGCGCGUUAAGCCCAGCAGAAGGUUCCUGAAGCUGCAGCAGCAGCUGCGAGAAGAAGGGGGGACCCCUGCUGAGCAGCAGCAGCAGCAGCACCAUCACCAGCAACAGCAACAGCAACAGCAACAGCAACAGCAACAGCCCGUGACUGGAGGGGGGCCGACAGGAGAGAGAAGGGCUUGGGGGCCCCCCAAAGCAGGGGUGGGGGCCCCCGCAACGACAAGUAUUCGGCAGGUCAUGGAGGAGGAGCUGCAGCAGCGGCAGCAGCAGCAGCAGCAGCAAGAGGAGCAGCUGCUGCUGCAGGCUCGGGUGCGUGCUUCUGAGGCCCCUCUUUCUUCAGUGCGAACGGGGGCCCCCUUAAAGGCUCGAGGGGCCCCCUUAAAGGCUCGGGGGGCCCCCACUAACGAUCCCAGCUGCAACUGUUGGGGCCCUGCUGCAGCAGCAAGGAUACAGGGUACAGCAGCACGGGGCCCCAGCUUAGCAGAGAUCGAAGCAGAGGAGAAGGAGACAGCCUUAGCAAUACUUCUUGCUGAAGAGGCUAUUUUUUAUGAGCAGUUAAUGCAGCAGUGGGGCUCCCAGCAGCAAACAGACGGAGGGGGCCCCCUACAUCAGGGGCCCCCAGAGGGGCCCCCAGAGGGGGCCCCUCAAACAACAGGGCAGGGGCCCCCUACUACACGUACAAGACGCAGUGCUAAUAAAGAUAGAGAUAGAGAUAGGGAUAGAGGGGGGCCCCCACGAGCAGGCCCCAGAGGGAAUACCAACUUCAGGGGGGCCCCCAAAUCAACGAGGGCCCCCGCCGGGGGGCCCCCCUCUAAAUCUGUAGGGGCAUACACAAGGGGGCCCCCAAGGCCCUCGGGGCCCCCCCACUCCGGGGGGCCCCCAAGAGGAAGGCCUCAUUCCAGCGGGGCCCCCAGGGGAGGAGGGGUUUAG